GUAAACCAACAAUAUACAUAUGGAGUGCAGAAAAUUUGAAAUAACUCUAAUAUCAGCAAGUGAUCUUGAAGAUGUCCGAAAGCUAUUCAAGAUGAAAGUCCAUGCUAGGGUUUCCGUAGGUAGCAACCCUAACACCGAGAAACGAACCCCGACGGACAAGCACGGGGAGAUAAAUCCGGCGUGGAACUUCAGCAUGAAGUUUACAAUUUCCGAGUGGAUGAUCCAGUACCCUAAUGAUAUGUUAGUCAUUAAGUUGUACUGCAAGAGGAAGCUCGGGGAUCGAUAUAUCGGGGAAGUGCAUACGUCUAUGAAGGAGCUUUACGAAUAUUCGUACGCUAAUGGAGGUAGUGCUAUCAUGACUUGCCCUGUCCACAAGGGCUCGGCUCAAUCUCAAGGUCUUCUGAGGUUUUCUUAUAGGUUUGGUGAAAGAGUGACGAUUGAUAAGUUGGUCUUGGCGGAGAGCAUUGCUGGUUGGAGUAUGUGUUAAUUAGGUGCAAAUUAGGAAAAAAAAAAGUUUUGAGUUUUCAUGUUGAGUGAUUUGUUUUUCUAGUGUCAAAUAUGGUCUCUGUGUGUAUAUGCUCUUUAUGUUUUCUACUGUUUAUACAUUUCUCAUCAAUGGAUUCGACCACCAUAUACUGCAAACAGUACAUUUUUGU